AUGGAAGCAAAGUUGUCCAUUCAGCCUCAUGGGUCUAGUGGGAGUACUAUCUGUCGUCCUUUCAGAGCAAAACUUGUACGCCAUAGCUGCUUUGCCAAACGGGAAAAGUAUUCUACUAUAAUCAGCGCUUCAUCUUCCGGAAAGUGCGGACCAGCGGCAACCCACAAAGCCUUGGCAACAACGCUGGUGGCCACCUGUCUGGCAUGGAAUGCUGGGCAUGCCUGGGCAGUGACCAGCGUGACAGGGGAGCAGUCGCAGCGCUACCGCGAGGAGCUGGAGCAGCUCAUCAAGGCGCGAAUGAAGCCUGGCGAGCGCGCUCUGCCAUCCCUCACAUCCUCCCCCAAGGUGCAGGAGCUGCGGUCAAAGCUGGUGCAGGCUGAGUCAGCUGCGGUGGGAGGGAACGCACGCAGCGAGGCGGAGGCGGCAGAGAUCGCGCAGCUGCGGCGGCAGCUGGAGGAGUCGGAAAGCGCGCGGCAGGCCCCAGAGACAGCAACACCGCCGCCAAAGGCAGCCGCAGCAGUGCCCUCGGCCGCGCCAGCGCCCAGCACAACACAAGGCAGCACCGCACCAGUCAACCAUGCAGCUCCAAUGACUAAGAAGGCCGAGCCUGCCGCGGCAGGACUGUCGACUAAAGGCGCAUCGCCCGCUCCCAAAGAGGAGGCAUCCGGCUUCUCGCUGCUGAAAGGUGAGCAGGGGCGGCUGGAGGCCGAGCAGGAGGCGCAGCGAGCCCAGCAGCGCGCAGAAGUGGACGGCCUCAGCUCCCAGGUGAGCCAGGCGAGGGAGGCCGUGUCGCGUGAGCAGCGGCUGAAGGAGCAGCUGCGGGAGCAAUUGGCCGCUGCCGCCAUCGACUCCAAGCGCCAGGUCCAGCUGGAGGCUGAGGCGCGUACAGCGGUGGAGGCGGAGAGGGCGCUGGUGCAGAGGGCGCUAGAGGCCGAGCGGCGAACGGCCGAGGCCGCGCGCGCCGAGGCGGCGGCUGCGGCGGAGGCGGCCGCAGCCGAGCGCGCCGCCAAAUUUGCGGCAGACUCCGAGGCGCGCGAGCUGGCCCGGGAACUCGCCGAGCUGGAGACCGCUCUCGAGCGCCAGCGGGAAUUUGCGGCACGCGUGGGGGCUGACGCGCACAAGGCGCAGGCAGACCUGCAGGCGGCGCAGCAGCAGAAGGGCAAGAUGGCAUUGGAGAAGGAGGAGGCUGAGCGCAAGGCAGCACUGGCUGAGGUGGCCCGGCUGGAGGCGCAGGUGGCCGCCGCCAGCAAGGAGAGCGCCGACGCCUCCAGGACCCUGGAAUCGGUGGGCAAGCAGAACCUGGACAUGCGACGUGCGAUGACGAUAAUGAAGGAGCAGGCGGCCGAGAUGGCGCUCAAGGCGCAGGCGGCCGCAACGGCGGCGGCUGCCGUGCGCGCUGAAGCCGACGAGAAGCUGUCGGCGGCCAACGACGCGCUGGCGAACGAGCGCGCCAAGAUCGUGGCGCUGCAGGGCGAGCUGGCGACGACGAGCGCUGAGCUGGCGCGCGCGUCCGGCGAGGCGGAGAAGCUGCGCGGGCAGCUGACCGCCAGCGUGGCGGAGACGCAGCAGCUGCGCUCAAACCUGGCCAAGCUGUCCGAGGAGACCGCCGUCGUCGAACGCAAGCUGGCAGCCGAGGUGUCAAACAACAAGGUGUCCCAGGCUGAGAAUGCCAGCCUCCGCAGCGAGCUGGGAGGACUACGCAGCCAGCUCAGCGAAGCAUCCAAGCAGCUCGAGGCCGAGCGCAAAUCCAGCGGUGAGCUGGAGGCGCAGGUUGCGCAGCUGAAGCGCGAGUAUUCCCUCGUGGAGGGAGAGGCAAAAAGCCUGAAGAAGAUGACAGAGGCGUUGGAGGGGCGCACCCAGACGCUGACGGACCAGCUGGCCAAGCAGCGCGCAGAUUACGCGCAGAAGCUGUUCGAGGCGCAGCAAGAGGUCAACCAGGUGAAGAAUGAGGCAAGUGAGGAGCGUGCGGGGCGUGAGGACGCCACGUCAGCGGUGAUGAAGAUGCAGACCAUCAUACAGGCCGUACGCGACGAAAUGGUUGAGGCACAGCUGGCCGCCGACGAGGCGCAGGAAGCAUUAGAAGAGGAGCGGACGGCGCGCGUUGAGGCUGAGGCGUUGGCUGCGCGGCUGCGGUCGCAGCUGAGUGGGCUGCGGGAGGCGCAAAGCUCGCAGCAGGCCUCCGCGCAGCAGCGACUGGCCACACUGCAGGCGCACCUGGCUUCCCUCGCCUCACGCGUGGUGAGCGCUCGUGUUUGA